CCUGGUGAAAACUGAUCCUGCAGGAUCUUCCCGGAUCCCUCCGGGUCCCACAGCACAGAAACCCAGUGGCUGUUUAUAAGGGCAGGACGCGCUCCUGCAGCGCCCAGAGCAGCGGCAGGAAGGAUGUCGAGGCAGGCAGAGACCCGGACGCGCGUGGCAGCAGCCAGGGAGCACGCCCUGGCAGUGAGUCGGGACUACAUCAGCCAGCCCCGCACAACCUACAGGACGGUGUGUGGCGUCAACGGGCCCCUCGUGGUUCUGGACAAUGUGAAGUUUGCCCAGUUUGCAGAAAUUGUGCACUUCACCCUGCCAGAUGGCACCAUCAGGAGUGGGCAGGUCCUGGAGGUUGUGGGGACCAAGGCCAUCAUACAGGUUUUCGAAGGAACUUCCGGCAUCGAUGCCCAGAGGACCACCUGCGAAUUCACGGGGGACAUCCUGCGCACACCGGUGUCCGAGGACAUGCUGGGGCGUAUCUUCAACGGAUCAGGGAAGUCCAUCGACAAGGGGCCAGCGGUGACGGCUGAGGAUUUCCUCGAUAUCAAUGGCCAGCCCAUUAACCCCCAGAUGCGGAUCUACCCCGAGGAGAUGAUCCAGACCGGACUCUCGCCCAUCGAUGCCAUGAACAGCAUCGCACGCGGACAGAAGAUACCCAUCUUCUCUGCGGCAGGGCUGCCACACAACGAGAUUGCAGCCCAGAUCUGCAGGCAGGCUGGCCUGGUGCAGCAGCACAAGAGUGUGAUGGAUCACCACGAGGACAACUUCGCCAUCGUCUUUGCAGCCAUGGGGGUGAACAUGGAAACAGCACGCUUCUUCAAGUCCGACUUCGAGGAGAAUGGGUCCAUGGACAACGUCUGCCUCUUCCUGAACCUUGCCAACGACCCCACAAUCGAGCGCAUCAUCACCCCGCGCCUGGCCCUCACCACUGCUGAGUUCCUGGCCUACCAGUGUGAAAAGCACGUGCUGGUCAUUCUCACCGACAUGAGCUCGUACGCCGAGGCCCUGAGAGAAGUGUCAGCAGCCCGGGAGGAGGUACCAGGAAGACGGGGUUUCCCUGGUUACAUGUACACGGACCUGGCCACCAUCUACGAGAGAGCAGGGCGAGUGGACGGCAGGCAGGGCUCCAUCACACAGAUCCCCAUCCUCACCAUGCCCAACGAUGAUAUCACACACCCCAUCCCUGACCUGACAGGGUUCAUCACAGAGGGGCAGGUGUACAUCGACAGACAGCUGCACAACAGACAGAUCUAUCCGCCCAUCAACGUGCUGCCCUCGCUGUCCCGCCUCAUGAAGUCGGCCAUUGGGGAGGGAAUGACCAGGAAUGAUCAUGCUGAUGUCUCCAACCAGCUGUACGCCUGCUAUGCCAUUGGGAAGGACGUGCAGGCGAUGAAGGCCGUGGUGGGAGAAGAAGCUCUGAGCCAGGAGGACCUGCUCUACCUGGAGUUCCUGCACAAGUUUGAGAGGCGGUUCAUCUCUCAGGGUCCCUAUGAGAACCGCUCUGUAUUUGAGUCUCUAGACAUUGGGUGGGAGCUCCUGCGCCUCUUCCCGAAGGAGAUGCUGAAGAGAAUCCCGGUGUCGAUCCUGAACGAGUUCUACAGCCGUGACGGUCCCAGACAGCCCCCGAAUAAGCCCCAGAGGCAGCCCACCCCAUCGGCACCGGAGACAGAGAGCCCUCCUUCCAAAAAGCCCUCCCAGUGAUCCACAGCCCUGCGGCGACAGAAGGCCCAGCCCCUUCAGUGCUCUCAGCACUCUAGUUGAACACGCUGCAGACGAGAUCGCCCACAUGGCUCGUCCCCAUGCUGGCAGGACCGCUGUAACUGCCAGUGCAUCUGGAGCACAGAUACUUGAGAUCAAAGAUGGGUUAUGUUAUAGUUCCUUGUGCAAUUUUGUGUUCUGUUACAUUUGUGCAUAUAAAGCUUAAUGAAGAGGAUGAAAUAA